GUGUAGGAACCUUCCAGACAAAACCACACUCUUCUUUCUUCUUGUCCCUCCUCUAUAUCUCUUCCACAGUUUCGUCCUCAUUGUCAUCUCUCAAACCAAACAAUGGCUGAUCAUCACGACCAAGGCGCGGUGACUCUCUACAGCGGCACCGCCAUCACCGACGCCGCAAAGAAAAACCACCCCUUCUCCGUCAAAGUCGGCUUAGCUCAAGUCCUCCGCGGCGGCGCAAUCGUCGAAGUCACCUCCCUCAACCAAGCCAAGAUCGCCGAGUCCGCCGGCGCAUGCGCCGUCCUCAUCUCGGAUCCGCCACGAUCCCCCGCCGCCGCCGCCGGAGUACACCGCAUGCCGGAUCCAACCCUCGUCAAAGAAGUGAAACGCGCCGUCUCCGUCCCCGUGAUGGCACGCGCGCGCGUCGGUCACUUCGUCGAAGCUCAGAUCCUUGAGUCUCUCGCCGUUGACUACAUCGACGAGAGCGAGAUCAUAUCCGUCGCAGACGAAGAUAACUUCAUCAACAAGCAUAACUUCCGAUCUCCGUUUAUCUGCGGGUGUCGCGACACGGGGGAGGCCCUGAGGAGGAUCAGAGAAGGAGCCGCGAUGAUUAGGAUCCAAGGAGAUGUUGACGGGACGGGGAACGUCGCGGAGACGGUUAAGAACGUGAGGAGAGUGAUGGGUGACGUUAGGGUUUUGAAUAACAUGGAUGACGAUGAGGUUUUCGCGUUUGCGAAGAAGUUGUCUGCGCCGUACGAUCUCGUGGCGCAGACGAAGCAGAUGGGGAGGGUUCCCGUUGUGCAGUUCGCGUCUGGUGGGAUUGUGACUCCUGCUGACGCGGCGUUGAUGAUGCAGUUGGGGUGUGAUGGGGUUUUUGUGGGGUGUGAGGUUUUUGAGGGGGUGGAUCCGUUUAAGAAGGUGAGGAGUAUUGUUCAGGGGGUUCAGCAUUAUAAUGAUCCUCAUGUGUUGGCUGAGAUGAGUUCUGGGUUGGAGAGUGGUAUGGAGAGUUUGAGUGUGAGAGGUGACAGGAUUCAAGGAAGUGUUUGAUUAAUGCUUUUGAGUUGAAAAAGUUGUAAUGUUUUAUGUUUUGUCUCCAUAUAUGGUUUGUGUUUUUUUGUGUUAAAACUGGUGCAAAAUGAUGUUUUAUUUUGUUUAAUCGAAGCCCUUACAACAAGAUUACAUAGAG